AUGGAUAUUGGCCUGCCAUGUUGUGCGGAUGCGGCAUGCCGAAAAGUCCUCGGAUCUGAUUUGGUAUCGAAAAAAGAUGAAGGGAAUGUUGUUUUUCGUGUUGGUGAUUUUUCCCUGGAUGGAUACCCAGAUUUGAUAGCACUUGUCCGAGAGAAAUCACAAAAUCCAAUGGUUCUGGAGAAUGUACCGUGCACCGAUUGCAUUUCGAAUGCUUCAAGGAGAUUUGAGCUGCGCACAAGUCCACGACUCAUACAACCGGCCGAUGUUUCA